CACCCAGAACACUUCUUUUUUUAAAAAAGGAGCUUUUUCAAAUUAAGGGGCUAAUGGAGGAUGGAAUAAUUAGACACUGGAUUGACACGCCUGUUCGGUACCAGCACCAGCUAGUCGGGCGAGAUCUCAUAGAAUGCAAACUGGAUCAUUUGAUAUUUGCCCUCCCUGGUCCAACAGAAACAACUGAGGGUCGGAAUAAAGUUUCAGUCAAAGAAUCAGCAAAAUCAGUGGAAGACACUGAGGCUGAAAUGUUGUUUGAAAUCAUGUUGGAUGCAGUACAGUUCCGUCCUGAAGAUAUCAUCAUUCAAGUGUUCGAAGGAUGGCUUCUCAUCAGGGCUCAGCAUGACCGAAGAAUGGAUGAACAUGGUUUUAUUUCAAGGAGUUUUACAAGACAGUACAAACUUCCAGACGGUGUGUUGUCAAAAGAUCUUUCUGCAAUGUUGUGUCACGAUGGCAUUCUGGUGGUGAAGACAAAGACAUAGCUACAAUUCUUACUGUAAAUUAAUAUUGUAGGAAGUAGCUCAUGCUGAAUUAUUACAUGUUUCACAAAAAUAGAAAAUUUACUGAGUACAAUGAUGCAUCAAAUAAAUAUUAUAAAUUAUGUACCUGUUGCAAUUUAAAGGAGAUAGCUUCACAGUAAUGAAAACUUUGAAAGUGGUUCCAUUAAU